UAAAUUUGUCUGCGUUUUUGGAAUAUUCUUCUCAUAAAAUUUAGUAUUUUUUCCAGUUAUUCGGAGACAAAAUAUAUAUCUUUGCAUUCAAAGUUCCAAUGCCUACAUUUCCACACUUUCUGAUAACUAAGAUAAUAAAAAAAGUGAAAACCUCAGCCAUCAAAACUCCAUCGAAAUUAUAAAUAUUUUUGUGCGCUUUGAAGCGGAAUUUAGACUUAGGUAGCCGAGUCUGGAUUGCUAACGGCUUCAACAACGUUUUCUAGAAAACUCGACUGAUCGAGGACCUUGUCAACAAACUGCGAUCUAACAAUAACAUCCUUGGAUAUGUGGAUUGGUAAAAGCUUUCGAGUGACGUUGAACAAGGAAAACUGAGUUGGAAGUUUAGAGAUAACAAAUUGAAAACUCGUGCACAGAAUAAUAUACUUGGACUCCUGGCACAGAGGAGGUAAAUCUCCUUUUGUGUGUGCAGAAAAUUAGAACUGACUAAAUGAGCUUCACUAAUGCAAGCAAAGAGAGCUUUAUUGAAGCGCACUGCAAAAUGAGUUUCAGUAGUGCAAGAAAAAUGAAUCUCAUGAGCACGAGGCUGGAUCUUAAUGAUGGGUGUCUCUUGUGCGAUGGACGAUAUCACAGCGGCCGGUGCAGAAGAAAGUGUCUGGGAAGUGAGCCUGUCAGACUAUCCCUAAAAAAAUACAGUCAAGCGUCAUCGCCUUUCAAUUAUAGUAAAACGAAGUUUCUUCUAUUUACAUCGUUACUUCUGUUCCUGCACUUCACGGAUUUUGGUGCCUGCUACAUCCACGAGGGCGACACGCGCAUCUAUAAGGAGCGACACCGGGCGCUAUCGCCGCCACAGCCUGCGCUCGCGCCGCAGUUCGACGCUUCGAGCUCCGGCAACGUCACGGCCCUGGCAGACAAAACUGCGCUGCUUAACUGCCGAGUUCACAAUGCAGAAAAUCUGUCGGUAUCUUGGAUACGGCAUAGAGACAUCCACCUGCUCACGGUAGGACAGUACACCUACACCUCUGACCAGCGCUUCCGCGUUGUGCAUGAGCGCGACUCCGACGACUGGAUCCUCAAAAUCUCCUACGUUCAGCCCCGAGAUUCAGGCGUGUAUGAGUGCCAAGUCUCCACCACUCCGCCUACGUCGCACUUCAUUGGACUCAACGUUGUCGAGCCACAGACAAAAAUUUUGGGAGGCCCGGACCUGCAUAUCAACAAAGGAUCAACCAUCAACCUAACGUGCGUGAUUCAGUUCUCUCCAGAGCCGCCUGACUUCAUCAUCUGGAACCACAAUGGCAAGAUCAUCGGUUACGACUCGCCGCGAGGAGGCGUGACAGUCAUCAUAGAGAAGGGAGACGAGACUGUUUGCACUCUGCUCAUCCAGCGAGCGCGAGACACCGACUCUGGUCGAUAUGACUGUCAGCCUUCCAACGCUGCGCCUGCCAAGACAACCGUACAUGUCCUAAACGAACAGCCGGCGGCUAUCCAACAUGGCGGCCAGGCGAACUACAGAAGUUCUUCCUGCAAAACGCUUUUGUCACUUCUUUUUUUCCUGGCGGCUCAUCAACGGCUCCUCAAAUUCGGGGAGUGAGAGUCCUCGCGAAGCGACACCUCGCCGUUUUUUUAGCACUUUUAUAAACGAGCUAAAUGGGACUGCGUAAUGCGUAUAGAGAGCAUUGCACAAGGACGAAUUCUGCAGAAAACGACGGACUCUUGGAAACGAGGUUUCGUCUUGGUGGAUAUGGUAUUUCCCCGCCCCAGGAGGACUAAGACCUGAGUAUUUAUUCUGCCUGUACGUUAUUUCAUCAAUCAAAUGAAGAUUUGAUCACCUAUGAAAUUUUAAACCAAAAUUUGCUUUUUAAAUUUUUGCACAUUAUUUCGAGAUUUGGCUUUUUGAAGAAAGAGUGGCUGAUUCUAAGUGCAUCAAAGUUAUUAUCACCUGAUGUGCACCAUUGUUAAGUAAUUGUCUAAUGUACAAAAUCGUACCUGUCUGCACAGCUGGAAUGAUUUUCUUUCGAAAAUAAUUUACGCACUACAAUAAAACAAAUGAUGUUGGCACUUAUUUAUUUCGCCAAGGAUCUGAUGGGAAAACUGUUAAAGCUUAUAUCGUUGAUCAUAAUUAAAAUAUAGAUAGGAAUUUUUGAAGCCUAUUUUCAAUCGAAUUUCAGGUGAAGAUUUCGAUAAAACGUUGUUGCAAGAGAAGUGAUAUGCAAAUACCUAGCAUAUAAGCAUCGGGCUGACCGAGUUAUUGAUCUUAAAAAAAUGUAUUUCUAUUUUUACUCACUGAUCAAUAUGGUGCAAGAAUAAUAAUUGUGAGCAUGUUAAAAAUUAACGGUGAAUCCCCAUUAACAAGGAACUUUAUGUGUUUUUUCCUACCGAAUUAGAACCUACAUCAUAUUGGUCUUACACGUCCUCGAGUAAUUGCAAUUUAAUUUGUUCGGAUGAAGGCCAAUUGCCCAUUCCUUAAGAGUUAAUUCCAAUGAGUCUUAUUUUCCGAUGUGUGUGAAUACACAUACAUAGAUAUCGAAAACUCAAAUGGUUCUACGAUUACACUCAGCAAAGUGACUAGGUUAUAUUGUCCAUCAAACAUUGUUUCACUAUUGGCACACACACAAUGCACAUAUUGUCAAUUGGCACAUACUGUAUUGUCAAACACACUUUCCAACUCACAGCAUGAGCAGACAGCGGAUGUUGCACCGAUAUGUCCUUUUGUCGGGCGAAGCUGGGUCUGGGUGUCUCACAACAGCGCUAAUGGCGCAUCACCAUUAGGACAAUGUUUCGCAUUGUUCUGAGUGUAUUCUUGUUUGUUUUUCUCUAAUUUUCUUUCUCCAGAUCAUAAUAACGGGAAACUUAGAACCUGCUUCUUUAGCAACUUUAAUUUCCAGCACAAACACAACACAAUUUGUGCGGGGGACAAGGCAUUUAGCUAGAGUAAGCAAAGACAUUCGCUAACUCUUUAAUUUUUCCCUCUCUUUUGGCAUAUCUUGAUAACGAUCAGCCUCACAAGCCACAGCCUUCUCAUGCAGCAACAUAGACACCUGACCCGAUGCUUUACUUAGCAUCACGAAGAAGGAACGUGAUGGGAGUCGAAGGAGACGAUGGCGUAACGUUUGAAAAUAAAUUACUAUUUACUACUAAUUGGCGCAACGUUUGACCACGGUAAAUAAUCACUCAGUAGGAACAAUUACAAUUAUAAUGAGACUAGUGAUGGCAACGUAUGAACUAACAAACUCUCACUUUACACGUUCUUAAUGCGUUCGUACAUCAGUUCUCACUUUAAAACACAUUUAGUUUAUGUACUCAUUUGAAUCACUCGUUGGUCCUCCGACACUGCACAAGGGAGUGCCCGACGCUGUGCCACCGCUCGUUGGGAGCGAAGCUUGAGAUUACAUCUGUUGUGCGGCAGCUCUCACUUGAUUAACAGUGCAGGAGCAAAUGUCGGCAUAGGAACACUCAUAAUCAACCGUAGGCCAGACUGCCGCGUAGGCUUCGUUAAGCAGAGAAACUUUACCUCAAUAAUGAGCACCAUCGUAACUACGCAAUGGUUAAUGUUAACACGUAAUGGUUAACCUUUCAUCGGGCAAGCGUCAUACAUGGUAAGAAUAAGAUCGGUCAUAAGUGAAGUAUGAGUACUCAUAAUAUUCAUAACAGUACUAGUGGAUAAAUUAGACGAUUUUUUGAAUUUAUUACGCAAGAAAUACAUUUUGCAACAAAAAUUUAUUCAUCAAGGUUUGGAAUGGAAUUCUGCGAUAACAACUAAGCCACCAUUAUUGGGCAGAAAACAGCGCACUGUAAGGUGAUGAUCAGCAACAUUAAGACUUUGUGGAAUAUUAUCGAUAUACUGAAUGAUGUCUCAUUUUGUUCUUGAACCGUGAGAGGUAAUGUCGAUCAUUGACUCAGUACCAGUAGACCUGAAUAAAUCUAAAUUGAGGAUAAUUUCAUAAUUUUUUUUCAUAUCGUAUUGUGUUAUCUCACGAAAAAUAAUCAAAGGUUCAUUCAAUACGCACACCCGAAAGGCUAUUUUGAAUUGUCUCCAGCUUAUCCCCGUACAUUUAUGUACUAACGUAAUCUUUCAGGAAUUGACUAUGAACAAUUAAUAAGUCCUGCGCGUACAUGACUGUUCCCGUACACCACGACUCAAGCGCAGUCGGGUCUAGUUUUGAGGAACGAGGAAAUGAAUUAUCGACAAUUUUUGAAUUAUCGUAUUAUCGACAAUUUUUAAAUUAUCGAAUUAUCGACAUAGUCAGAUCGAUUUGUAUCAAUGAAAAAUUGUAAAUAUGAGAAAACAACUGUAUUUUAAAGGUAUUCCAUUAUCAUUGGAUCUGAAUUAACCCCACAUGUACAAAUCCCUGAGAUUAGCUACAAAUUAUAUUGUAAAUAUCUACAUCAUUAUAUCAAAUGAGCUGCGAAAUUAUUUUCAAUCAUGUAUAUAGAUGUUUUGAAGGAGUCACUUGAACGAUUUCGAUGUAUCGACUUUCAACUUGAAGCGAUGAGAGACCAAAAAUAUUUAUUUAAAAUUAUCACUCAGGUUUCAUAUGUCAGUUCUGCAGUAGUUGUAAUUUAGCAUAGUAUAUGUUUUAUACCCUAUCAAUAAUCGACCUCAAAAGACUUCUGUACAUAGACUCCACUUGUAUCAAAGAUGAAGAUGUGUGUUGGGGACUUGGCAAUUCAGUAAUUUCCGGAAAAUCAGGGAAUCUAACAAUAGAUUCUACGCUGUUUUGAAAUUUCUAAAAAAAAUAAUGCAAAUAUUGUAUAAAAUAACUUUUUUCAAGAAAUGAGCGGCCAACAUCUUAAUUUAUUAGACGGCUGAGAAAAUAUUAAUGUACUUCUUUCUAAAAAAAAUGUUGUAAAAUUUGAAGACGUUCCCUCUCAUCAAAUGGUAAUCUCGAUUUUUUUUAUCCAUUGACUGCGUGCUGGUCCCUGUAGUAUAUUUGCCUCUACUUGAUUGCUGUAACAUUGCUUUGUUCAUAAUAAACUAUAAGACAACG